AUGGCCUCAACCUGUUUCUACCAACCGCUGGAAUCCGAGAAGAAUCAUCCCUUCUCUCGCUCAACACCACCUACACCCCCAGAAUCAUUCGCCCUCCUCUCCCCCAUAGUCAGCACCCUCCUCCUCUGGUCCGGCGGGCCCUACACCCUCCUCCUUCAAAUCUCCCACCCCUCCAUCGCCCUCGGCUCCUGCAAGCACUCACGCUUCGCCCAUACAACCCCUUCCAAAUCCUCCUCCAGAUCGUCCUCUUCAGACUUUGAAGUAACCCUUUCCCGCCUCCGCCGCACCUCCGCUUACAUCCUCGCCGUUUCCCUCGGUACACCGGAGCAGAAACGAGUGAUUGUUGAUAUAGUGAGGAAACAACACGCUUUUGUAAGGGGGAGUGGUACUUGUCAGUGGAAGUCUGCACAUGGCAUGAUACCGAGUGAGGAAAAGGGGAUGGCGCCGGCGGAGAAGAUUGUGAAGACCGCGAAGACGGUGGAGUACGAUGCCGCGGAUGGGGAGUUGCAGAAGUGGGUGGCUGCUACGUUGUUUUUGGGGGUUUCGCUGGAUAUGCCAAGCGAGAUGUGGCCUGAUUCGAUGGAGAAGUUUGAUGCGUAUGUCGAGGAGACGGUGCAGGAGAGGCUGGUGGUGACGGAGGAGGCGAGGAAGCUGGCGAAGAUACUGCUGUGGGAUGUGAGGGUGCCGUGGUGGAUGAGGUGGGUGUUGCCGAUUGUGAGGGUGUUUAUGGCGUGUUGGUUGCCGUCGGGUUUAAGGGAGGGGUAUGGAUUGCCGGAUCCGAAGGAGUGGUGGGUGUCGGGGUGUUAUUUUGUGCUGGUUUGGGUUGUUUCUUUGGUGGAUUUGGUAAUACCCAGGAUUGUCAAUGAUGCGGUGUUCGGGUUGAUGAGGAGAGAUAGGGAGAGGGCGGUGGAGGGAGUUCAGAGGACGGAUAGGUGGACGAUCUGA